AGGUAAAGAUUAUAUUUGUUGGUUAGGCUAAAUCGCCAAUCCAGUGCAAUUUGAUGGGUAGAACAAUAAACGCAUUCCUUUCCAAUUUGUUUAUGCUUAAGAUUCGGUUGAUUGUAGCAGUAAGAUAAGGUGAUUGAAAGUUGUGCAGUUUCCGACAAAGAGAUUCAUCUUUUCUGCCUUGAACGCAGGCUUUUAUCCGAUUUUUUCUUCGCAUAGUGCUGUUGAAUCCUUAAACUGUUGACCGUUUUGAAAAGUGAGAAGCUGUAUGAAUCAGACAAACGAUGAACUUUGGCNUUCUCACUUUUCAAAACGGUCAACAGUUUAAGGAUUCAACAGCACUAUGCGAAGAAAAAAUCGGAUAAAAGCCUGCUAGGAUCGACUCUAUGUUUAAAUAAAUUUCCAAGAGCAGUUUUUUCUUAGGUCUAUUUAUAUUGAUUUAUCAUUUCUAUCUGAAACUUAUCCUGUAUUAUUAGUGGUUGACUCAUCCUCUCUGUUCAUAGCGUUUUAAAUGCACCGUGUCGAAAAAAACUUCUUAAACAACUCAGUUUGUUCUUGAGUAAUGGCACGUACUGCAUUAAUAGCAAACAGCCAAAUCGACAUAACAUUAGAUUGGUUCACAAAAAUAGCAACUAACUGACAAAAAUAUUAGAUUAGGCAAAUAGAAUUGUUUCCACCCGUUCCUUUGGAUUUUAGUAAAGAUUUCGUUUAAAAUAAUCUUAGGCGUUAUUGUAAAAAUUUGUCAUUUACCUUUCGGUCUACGAUCCUAUUCCUGAGAUAGAUACGUAUAGGAUACUUCAGCGUUGUUCGUUGUUAUGCAAUCGACACAUGGCAGAAUAAUUCGUACUAGAUCAAUGAUAAUCAUUUGUUAGUCGAACGAUCAGGAGAUUUCGAAAAUUAUUCAUGUAAUAAAUUGAAAGCUCCUGACUGUUUAGGUAAAACGAUGAUCGUUGAUCUCGUAUGAAUUAUUCUGUCAUAUAUGAGUGACUAGUAAGAUUCUUUUGUCAAUGUGUUUUCCUAAUGAUUUAGAUAAUGACAGUAAUCACCCAAUGGAAUGAACUAUUUGCGAAACUAUCGGAUGAUCAAUUAAAACGUGAAAAAAUUGAAAAUGCAGUGGCAAUGAGUGUUUUUACUGGAACAGAAAAGACACAUACAAAUUUAAAAUCCGAAAAUGGCAUUUUUAUGUGGUUCCAAUUAUUCAUCGAAGUGUUACUUCGUAUGCCACACAUAAAAGAAGUGACAAAAGACGAACUCGUUAAACUUUGUAAGGAAAUUUACGUAGAUAAUAAUGCUGAACUCGUCAAAAUCACUGAACUAAACGAUACAUAUGUUCCACCGAAAGCUAUUUGGUGGUAUACACGAGAGUGUUAUAUAUAUAAAUUGCUUAACAAGGCGCUCUGUGUUCGAGAUAUCAAUAUGCUGUUUGCAUUUCGUUUCCUAAUUACUGAUAUUUUCAAUCAGCUCAAAAAAACACAAAAAAAGUGUUCCAAGAAAAAAUUUCAAGUGUAUCGUUGUCAGGCAGUAGGAAAAGAUGGGCUUAAAACAUUAUUAGCCAGUAUUGGAGAAUUUAUUUCAAUGAAUUCAUUUUUAUCGACAAGUAAAAAUCGAGAUGUAGCAAUUUCAUUUGCCAAAUCUAGAGAAGAAUUUCAACCGAUUCUUCGAGGGAUGGACCACCCCUUAAGCUAUCUUUGGAUUAGAACUGAAAAAAUCAAGUCAAAAAUGUCUCAAGUCCAUGUCAAGUCAAGUCUGAGUCUGAUUGAUGGAAAAUUUUUUUCGUCACCAUGGCUGUACUUGAAGAAUUUACAAGUAAAGUAA